AUGCCAGCCAAAUUGACUGACGCUGAGCGCAGUGAUGACGUCACGGUGACGAUGCUGGACGAGAAGAAGAUUCGUCGAAGGAUAAAGGGAUGGACAGAUAGAAAGGUACCCAGACAGAGAUACACAGACCAGCUCCUUUGUUCAGGGUGUGCAGAUGCACUCUGCCACAUUUUCGUUUCCCGCUUCUGAGUUUUCCCGCUUCUGAGUUUUGUAAAAGACACAACAAAUUAAAACGAGACAGAGGACACGAGCUGAGUGAACUUGCCGACGACGACGAGAAUCGCGACAUCAGAGCUCCCGCCCGCCCCCCACCCUCACAUCCCUCACAUCCAUCACAACCGUCACCGGCCUCUCUACCGGCCAAGGGCGCCACUGGCAGGUGCCGUCACUCGAGAGGGUGCACAUCAAGAGGCCGAGAAGCUGGGGCAUUUCGGGAGGGUGGGUGGAGCAGGAAACGUUGGGGGGGCUGGUGGCGUCGUCGCGGUGCCUGAAGCAGCUUCAGGUGGAAUGCACUGCUGAGGCUAUGGCUGAGUCGCUGAGGUGCAUCCCUGUGGCAGCUGCUGGCCAGCCGGGCCACCUGGUGCAACUCGAGGAGAUCGGGACCCUCAGCGUGUUGAGUGCCAGCGCUGAGAGUUUAAAGCGCCUUCAGGUGUGCGACGAGUCACACAAGACACACAAGAUCAGAGAGAGUGGGCGCGAGCUUGCUGCAUGUGAGUUUUGUCUCUGUGCACGCCGUCCUUGUCGACCGUGGCUGCCGCUCCAGCAAGAGGCUCUGCGUCAAGUUCGAGGACUCCGACAUCGACAGCAGCCUCUUCGCGCCCUGUCGACCAUUGAGGCUUUCACCCGCACCGUGUGUGUGAGGCCUGACAUCCCCGUCGACAUCAACGUCAGCUGCUACUUCGACCUUGGCCUUCUGUGUGAGGUCCCCACCCGCCCCGCCCCCUCAUUCUUCGUGCAGAAGCACAUCCAGCAGCUGGCCGCCAGAGCCCUCAGGGCGUCCUUUAGCCUUCGUCCCCGCCAUCUGCCCAGCCCUCUGGACACACCCAGCACCGCUGCCAGCGUUCUCGCGGAAUGUGGUGAUCACGGGGCCGCACGAUUGGGGACCUGACGCUGAUGCCGAGGAGCCCGACCCAGUUGUGCUGGACAGCAUGCCCGAGAACGCAUUCCCCGCCGCGUCGUCACUAUUCCUUUAUACCUGCAAGGGGCACGUGAUUGCGCGCAGGCUGCUGACCAAGAUGCCCGUCGUGAGGAGAAUCCAGCUGUUUUGUAGACACAACUCGACAGAGGAGCAAACGGUGGGUGUGCUGCAGACGGUGGGCGGGGAGGGGCAGCUGGAGUAUUUCGAUGUCAGAACCCUGACGGGUGUGGGUGAGGGGGGGCUUGGGUGGGGGGACAUAGCGGACAAGCUGCCGACCAUCUCAGCGCUGUUGAUUAUCGUACAAGGUGACCAAGUGACCAACAAUUAAUCGCCUCCAUACCUGCCGACUGACCACUCUGAUGUCGGCUGCCAUCUGUCUGUGUGUGUGCAGUGCCUGAGGCUUUACGCGGUAGCGAUGCCGCCGGCGAGUUCGGCAUUGCCUGCGUCAAGUCGCUGCUCAAGAUCCGAGGCAUCAACCGACUUCACUUCGGGCUGGACCAAGCUGGAGGAUAUAGUUUGAAGCGGCUGGUGGAGGAGCGGACUAAUGGCGACACCAAUCGAUGGGCUUGAGGGGCGGUAUUGCAUCGAGUGGGGCUGGGGGGAAGACUCGGAUUUCCUCAAUCUCGAACGGCUUGACGCCUAGGAGACGACGACAUAAGCGACACCUGGAUAGCAGAGCACCGGCCAGCGUGAGGGAGGGGGAGGUGGGAGCUGGCGGGCCGGCUGCUGACUUGUAGCUCAUUCGUUUCGUUUCAUUGUGGCCGCUGGCAGUAUGUACCGGUCGCUGCUUUUCGCUUGAGAGACACUGCCCGCCAGCGGCUAGAGGCGCUGUGGGCUGAGGGUGGUCACGGUUUGUAUACAUGUGCGUCGGUCACGUUUGUGUGUGUUCUCUCCAUGCAUCCAUCCAUUCACUCAUUCCACUAUCGUUAGUUGGCUGCGUAAUAUACACUUCCUCACUGCUGGGUGAUGGCGUUGCAUUCUUGAGUGUUGGCUGGUGUGUGACGAGAGGGACAGGGAGGGACAAGGAGGGAGGGAGGGGAGAUGCCCGCCUGCAUGGACGCAUAUGGGUGAAAUCAAUCGCGUUGUCGUGUCGAAGCC